AACCCGAAUCAGGAAUUCAAGAAUGGGCCUGGUAGCCUGGUAGGCUUCACUUUCACAUUCAAAACACAAAACAUGAUGGCAUGCAACAAAAUCACUUAUUCCUCCUUAUUCUUCAACAAUCACCACCAAAACCCCACCACGCCCACUUCUCAAAAUCCCACUCUUUCUCUCUCCCUCUCUCCCCAGAAAUCAAGAAGGUGGGUGUUGUCAAUGAGUGCCCAGAUGAAUGCUGAGCAAAGAGGAGUGAGUGAGAGUAGAAUGCCUGUGAUUGUCCCUGCUCACCCUUUGAUUAAGCAUUGGGUUUCGGUGCUUCGGAAUGAGCAGACUCCUUGCCCUGCUUUUAGGAAUGCAAUGGCUGAGUUGGGAAGAUUGCUUAUUUAUGAAGCAACAAGGGAGUGGCUGCCUAUGAUCUCAGGGGAGAUUCAGACACCAAUGGGUAUCGCCUCUGUAGAAUUUGUUGAUCCAAGGGAACCUAUCGCGAUCAUUCCUAUUUUAAGAGCUGGUCUUGCUCUUGCUGAACAUGCAUCUUCAGUCUUGCCAGCGACAAAGACUUAUCAUUUGGGGAUGAGCAGAGAUGAGGAAACACUACAACCAUCUGUAUAUCUAAAUAAGCUACCUGACAAAUUUCCCAAUGAAUCUCACAUACUUGUUGUAGAUCCUAUGCUUGCAACAGGUGGUACAGUUGUUGCUGCUCUUAAAUUGUUAAGAGAACGGGGAGUUGAUGAUAAACAAAUUAAAGUGGUAUCUGCUGUUGCUGCCCCGCCAGCUCUUAAAAAGCUUAGUGAGAACUUUCCAGGUCUACAUGUGUAUGCUGGUGUUGUCGACUCUGUUGUUAAUGAGAAAGGGUUUAUAAUUCCUGGACUCGGGGAUGCAGGAGAUCGUUGCUUUGGUACCCUUACGUAAUCAUGCAUCUCGCUGCCUUGUUACCCUAUACAUCUUUCAACUUUGAAAUAGUUAGCAUAUCGACACAAGUAGUUUUCCUGGAAUAUUUUUUUGUUUAGCCCAUGUCCCGGAUGUGCACUGAUCUCAUGUUGGGAAAAUUUUGACAUUUUUGAUAUUAUUAAGCUAGCGAGACGGGAUUGGUUCCAAAGGUAGCGACAUAUAUAUGAUAGCCAAGAAUGUUUCAUUUCAUCCUGUAAAAGAUCAUUUAUCAUUUUAGGUUUUAGUAAACAGUUAAGAAUGUUUCAUUUCAUUUAUCAUUUUAGGUUUUAGUAAACAGUUAAGAAUGUUUCAUUUCA